AUGAGGAAGUCAGAGAUCAUUCCUGUUCUUGGUCCAUCCAAGCUUCCGAGCCCGCUGUUCUUCUCUGAAACGUCUGCCUCUUCACUUUCGCCGUACUCGCCUACCGCCUUUGGAUCUCCCAUAGAUGAGAUAGCUAUCAAAUUUAGAUACUCGAAAUCCAGACUCAAUCGCAAGUUUUCUAGACUUGUGUGCGCAGCAUGUCUGCUGGCGAUUACCCUGCUGAUUCUGGCCCGCUUGCCAGCCCAGUACACCAACUGGACGUAUCUGCAUUCGCGUCUCCUGCUAGACGAUUACGACUAUGUGCGACUGGAAUCGUUGCUGCCGGAUAUCAAAAAAAAAUUGGAUCUAGAAUGCUCUUCGUUCCCAGCCCCUGACCACCCAUUCGACCCUCGCUUGGUGGCUGCGCUGUGGCUGUCCAAGCUGCAAACACAUUUCGAGUCUAAAACGCCAGACCUGGGCCGCUCGUUUGCGAUUCCGUUCCACUGGCGCGACUGGGUCGACAUGGACGAUCGACUUCGACCGGCCCAGCCCUGGAUGGUGGCAAACCGCGGCCGCAACCUCGACUGUAAAACGUUCAAGUCCCAAAAUGGCCUCUGGCGGCUUCCGUGUGUGGACGCCAAUGAGGCCCAGAUGCUGUCGCUACCGUCUUACUACCCAACCAUGAGAGUGGCUGCGCCGUACAUUCCAAAAAUAGCAGUUGACGCACGAAUUGUUUACGGGGCAUGCUAUCUGCUCACCGCUGCGCCGCCACCUGAGAAAGUGGUGUUUAUUCAGAAACACAAUGCCGCCAUUGUGCGCACCGAGCCGCACUCGCGUUCCGCCCUGGGCCAGCUAAUCGCCGAAUACACUAUCCGGAAAAUGACAAAGCAGGGUCUGGUCCAGCCGGACGUCCCAUCGGGGAUAGACUUAAAAGCCGAGGCAGAGCGGCUGUUCAGCUCAUCUCACUGCAAGGCGGGCAUAAUGCAGUCGCGGGCCCUAUGUGUCAGGACCGACCACACGGAGGGUGGCGAGCCUGUUCCUGUUCCCGAGGCCGAAUUUCAUUGGGUCGCUUCCGAAGACGAAAUUCUCCAAAACCCACCCAAAUACUUCUACGAGGCGGACACCUAUGACAGCAAGAUCAAUGGCGCGCAUUUCGACUGGCGCUUCUUCAACGCACGCAAUCUCUCGUCGAUCGAACGCAAAGCCGCUCUCCACAAGCUGGUAACCACCUGGCUCCGUUUCUCCAGCAUCGCUGGUCUCCAUACCUGGCUAGCCCACGGAACGCUGCUUGGCUACCAGUUCAACGGUCUCGUCCUCGAUUGGGACUUCGACCUCGACGUCCAGGUCACCCAGGCCAGUCUGCUGCGUCUUGCACGUGACUACAACCAGACGCUUGUCGUGGACGUCGACGGCACGGGAAGCUAUCUGCUGGACGUGAGUCCGUAUUUUCAUGACCGCAGUCGCGGUAAUGGCAACAACGCCAUUGACGCUCGGCUCAUCGACACCGCCACCGGUCUUUACAUCGAUAUAACGGGCUUGUCCAACACUCCUAGCCAGCUGCCACCAACAAGGAAAAAACGACUCGACGAGCUUCAGCGGCUCUACUUGCAAAAUGAAAUCGACUCCCGCAAUUUCUCGCAGCUGUACAGCUGUCGCGACGAGCACUACUACACGCAUGACGAGAUUUCUCCGUUGAAACCUGUUUUAUUUGAAGGCGCAUUGGCGUACGUUCCGCACAACGUGGACCAAAUCCUCCUCCGGGAGUAUCCAAAGUACCUCACACGCAUGACUUACAGCGACCACACGUUCAGGACCAGCCUGAACUUGUGGGUGUCGGACGAGGUGUGCGACAGAGAGGACGUCUUGGGGCUGAGUUGCAAGGACCCGAUGACGCUGCUGGAAACAAAGCUCACGAAGCAGUACACCGCAAGCCACAUGCUGCGCCAGGCCAGUCUGAGCAGCCGGUCGGACGAGCUCGAGGGUCUUCGCGUCGACAGCGCCAUGGGGCCCAUUAUUGAGCACCGGCUCCACGCUCAGAUUAGCAUUGGAAACGAGCUCAAGGACGCGUUCAAGCCGACAGAGCGGUGGGUAAAGGCUGGACUGGAGUGGAUUGGCGACUUGGAGGCGUUCUACCACCAGCGGGCUGUCAUUGAGGCCGAGUACGCCGACAAGCUAAAGAGCCUGUGUUCGGAAACGUUCAAGAAAAAGGCCAAGGUUUCUGCCGCGGUGAGCGUCGGGCCAGACCCACUGAUCACUCCCGGAUCUUUGGAAAGUGCUAGUUUGGUUGCAUGGAAUGAGAUCAUCUCGCAGACGGAGCAGCUGGCCAAGGAGCGCGGCGAUCUGGCCAAGCAGUUCGACAAGCGGGUCGUGGCGACCUUCUCGGAUAUCCAAGCGCGCUACGACGCGAUCCGGCAGAGAUGGAAGCAGGCGGACGAGGACCUACAGACUGUGAGAAACAAGCAUUUUGAAGAGGUCAACAAGGCGAAAAAAGAGUACGACAGUGCGUGUCAGGCGAUGGAGAACCAGCGGUCGAAAACAGAGAAAACCAGCGGGGAGCGGGCACAUCACAAGUACGAGAAGCGGGAAUUUGAGAUGAACGUGGCCAAAAACAACUAUCUAAUCAAAAUCAACAUUGCGAAUCGGCUCAAGGACAAAUAUUACUAUCAGGACUUGCCUGAGGUUCUGGACGGACUGCAGGCACUGAAUGAGUCGCGGGUGAACCGUGUGAACGGCGUCUGGCUGACAGCGACGGCUUUGGAGCGGCAGAGCCUUGAAAACGGCCUCAAGUGUCUGGAUAGCAUGGAGCGCAUGGUGAAACAGAACUUGCCAAAGCUGGACACAAUGAUGUUUGUGAAGCACAACAUGGGCAAUUGGACGGAGCCGGCGGACUUCUACUACGUUCCGUCGAACAUCUGGCACGACGACGAGUCGAUGAUCACGACGAGCGGCGAGCUCGAGGUGCUGAAGCAAAAACUGAGCGAGAGCUCUCGUGUGUACGAGAGGUACGAGCGGAUUUGUGCAGAGGAGAAGCAGCAGCUUGCGGAGAUCGCGGAGGAGCGGCGGCGGCUGAUGGAGGAUGCGUUUUCGGAGGUGAAAGUCAAGUCGAAGGACGAAUAUUACAAGUACGAGAUCUUAUUGAGCAAAGGUCUGGCGGAGCUGCACAAGUUUGCGAACGACGACACGAACCGAGUCACGGCAGAAGUCGAGAUCGAGACGAUCCAGUCGGCGGCCGAUGGCAAGGACUUGACGCUGACGAGGCCUGUCGAGAAGAAGAAGAAGCGCACGCUGGGAUUUUUGCGCAAGAAGACCACCAAUGAGCCCGAACUCGACGACGUUCAGUCUGUCACCAGCGGGGUGAGCAGGCUCACCACGACGACGCACGGCAGCACGAAGGGACGGCUGUUUGGCCAGAUCGGCAGCCUUUUAUCCGCUGGUAGCAGCACUGGGCCGUCUGCGAAGGCACUGUAUGCGUACACGGCAGGCGACGCGGACGAGGCCUCCAUUAUGCCUGGUGACGAGCUGCAGGUGCUAGAGGAAGACACCGGCUCGGGAUGGACGCGCGUGCAGACGCCUGCCGGCGAGACAGGUCUGGUUCCCACGACUUAUAUCCAGGUGUCGCAUAGCAAGAAGCAGGGUCCCAAAGUGGCCCCGCGCAAGGGGGCGCGGCGCGUCAAGUAUAUGGAGAUACUGUACGACUAUGAGCCUCAGGGCGACGACGAGCUUGGCGUGGCCGUUGGCGACCGCGUGGCCGUGGUCACCGAGGACCCGGGCACCGGGUGGACAGAGGGCGAGAUCGACGGUGUCAAGGGCCUGUUUCCAACGAGCUACGGCCGCCUCGUCGAGUGA